CACUGCUGCACCGGCUAUCACUGUUUGCACUGUUUUCGUACGUUUGCCACGACAGAAAUAAAUAUCGUCGAACAACUUGACAACCGGUAUGGUCCGCGUGACGAAGAUGAACACCAUUCUGCUAAUUGCACUGAUGUCCCUUUGCCUUUCCCCGGCACUUUCUAGUUUAGCAGUGAAGUGCAACUUGCCGUCAAGCCUAUGGUGUAAUUCUGAUGAUAUAACUCGACAAUGUCAGGUGGAGAAGCACUGUAAUGCGUGGCACAAGCGUGAAAAUACUCCCGUCGACGUAGGUGUUUUCAUCGAAGCCCUAUGUUCAGACACAAUCAGGUUUAUCACAACUCAGCUGUACCCUACCUGGGUUCAAUUGAGGGAUUCAGCCGUCUUUGACAUCGAUUUUGUUCCGUAUGGGAAAGCAACUGAAACAUGGGACGGAGAUAAGUGGGUGUUUGAGUGUCAACAUGGUCCAGCAGAGUGUAAAGGAAAUCUGAUUCAGACAUGUGCAAUUUUCCACCUGAAAGACACUAAUACCAUUACGGAGUACAUCCACUGUAUGAUGAGCAGUCCAAAUCCCCCUGAAUAUGGAGAAAAGUGCGCUGAAAUGCUGAAGAUCGACUAUGAGCCGAUAGAAAAGUGCACAAAUACGACUCUGGGGAACAUGCUGCAGCAUCACAUGGCUAAGAGAACCCAGCAGGCGGAGCCACCUAUUAACUACAUUCCGUGGAUUACACUGAAUGGGGAACACAAUGACGAGAUACAGAACAGAGCUGAGGCAGACUUCAUGGGUCUUAUGUGCGACACUAUUUCCGGGGAAAAACCUGCUGCAUGUCGCGAAAUCAACGACACCACCAUUGGUCACCAUUGCUAUAAGAACAGCAGGACUGUCCAGGUGCCAGUAGGUGACAGCAAGUGCAACUUGCCACCAAGCCUAUGGUGCAGUUCAACCAGAGUUGCACAGAGAUGCAAGGUUGUGGAGCAGUGCACAUCUCAGCUGAGUUCAGUGGCGCCCCCUGUCAGCUUUAGUCUAUAUUACGAAAGCUUGUGUCCAGCCUGCAGGGAAAUGAUCCAGUCAGUACUGUACCCUACCUGGAAGAAGAUAGGGUCUAUCAUGAAUGUGACCUUGGUUCCAUAUGGAAACGCACAUGAGCAUCAGGAAGGAGGCAAGUGGGUAUUUUCCUGUCAACAUGGCAAAGCAGAAUGCACAGGAAAUAUAAUAGAGGGGUGUGUAAUUCACCUUCUGGCUCGGGUUGAGAAGUGGCUGCCAUAUAUUCACUGCAUGGAGGCAUCACCCAGCCCACCUGACUAUGGAGCAAAGUGUGCUGAGCAGCUAGGCUUUGCUUGGAAACCUAUUUCGAACUGUGCCAAUGGCACUGAGGGGAACCACCUCAUGCAUAUGGCAGGUGUAGCAACAGAUGCCCUGGUACCUCCACACCAAUACGUGCCCUGGGUCACCCUGAACGGGGUUCAUACUGAUGAAAUCCAAAAGCAAGCUGAGACAGACCUGCUCAAACUCAUCUGUAAUACAUACACUGGACCAAAGCCGGCUGCGUGCACUGAUGGAGAGAUACACACCCGUUGUUAAAUCUGCCACAAGAGGGAGACAUCUGCACCAAAACCUGGUCCAUCUGUUGACGGGCCACAAAGAACAAGCACCCUAGCCGAUUUGGUAAUAAAUAUACACAAGUAUUGAUACUUGAAACGAAUUUAAUAGUCAGGGAAAUGUGUAACAGAAAUGUUUUGUGCGUUGUGAAAUAAUUCAUGGAAAAUCUUUCUAUACAGCAACAUGCAGAUCAAAUCAAUUUAAUAAUGCAUUGUUGUAACAUAUUAACAUGUGUCUGUGAUAUGGAUUUAUACUUGAAACUAGAACUAAUGAUUACAUCUAUGAAUGGUAAUCGUGUAAUUUUUACGUAUAUAUGAUUUACAAUAUGAAGAUUUGAGUACUUUAUAUUUACUAAGCAAGUUUCUGAAUGUGCCUAUGCUGCCUUUCUAUUAUUAAAAUUGUGGCAAGUAACCCAGUA